GUUUCCUUGCCCUUUCUUCUCCUCAGAUAUCCUGACAUUUUUCCCCUCAUGCUUCUCAAUUUUCCCCUCACGAUUUCUGUCCUAAUUCCAGUCAUGUUUCCCACUCUGCCUGUCACGUUUCCUGCCCUUUCUCCUCUCAUGCUUUGCUCCAACCACAUCACCCUCACAUUUCCUGCUUCUUUAAAUAGCUGGUAAACGGGGGUACAAACUGUCUUGUUUCUUCCCGUGCACAGAGCAAAGCUGCAAUACUGCAUUAAUGGACUAAUCUUCUAUUAACAGUCAUCUAAACAUAUACCUCACAGUGGAGACCCCCGCCUGCCCCGCGCUGCUCCGGCCCAGAGAGACACCGUGCCUCGGAUAGGCCAGCCCCAGGACGCCCAGGAGAGGUGUCGGGAACAGCAGGCACGGCCGGCCAGGGCUUUGGCCGGAAAGUCCGCGGGGAGCGGCGGGAGGCACCACCUCCUCGGAGCAACGGCCUCGGCCGCCAUCUUCUGCCUGGCGCCAGCCGUUGCGGCGCGGACCCGCUCAGUCCCGACCGCUGCUCCUGGGUGCGCGCUUUCUGGGAGAAGCAGACGCUCUUUUCUGUCUCCGUAGGGAUCUGGCUGCUAGCGGGGACCACCCCCGCUAGCAGCCAGCCGGCAGCAGAGACGUCCCCACUCUUGCAGCCCCCACUCCUUGUCUCCCUCCCUCACGGGAUAGCCGUGCCUUCCACGCCCGUUCCGGUUUGGCGGCGCACGGGGAUUGGCUUUGCAAUCCCGGCGACCGGAAGCGGGACAUUUGAACGGUAACGGACUCUCUCGGCUGCUCCGCUGUGGCGUCUCUGCCUCGGGAAGGAGAAACACUCGGGACGGCUCCUGCCGGCAGCGCCCCAAGAAACGGGGUGGGAUUCGAGGGUCUUCUGGCCGCUGCGAUUCGGGAUCGCGGCGCUCCCGCGCCUUUCGCCGGGGAGCCGUGACAGGUGCUGAGAAGAGCUGCCGGCGUCCUACGAGUUGCAGAAUGGCCGGAGAUGACUAUGAGGAAAUUCUCAAGUACUAUGAAUUACACGGAACAGUCGGCACAGGUGGGUUUGCAAAGGUAAAACUUGCACGACAUCGUCUCACUGGUGAAAAAGUUGCAAUAAAAAUCAUGGACAAGCUUGCUUUACAGGAUGACUUGCCUCGUGUUAAAUUAGAAAUCGAUGCCAUGAAGGACUUGAGUCACCAGCACAUUUGCCGGUUGUAUCAUGUGAUUGAGACACCCAAGAAAAUAUUCAUGGUUUUAGAGUACUGUCCUGGAGGAGAGCUGUUUGAUUACAUAAUUUCUAAGGACCACCUUUCCGAGGAGGAAGCUCGUGUAUUUUUUCGGCAGAUCGUUUCAGCAAUUGCAUAUGUGCACAGUCAGGGAUAUGCCCACAGAGAUCUCAAACCAGAAAAUUUGCUGAUUGACGAGGAACAUAACCUGAAGCUGAUAGACUUUGGACUUUGCGCAAAACCAAAGGGUGGCCUUGAUUACCAUCUGAACACCUGCUGUGGAAGCCUAGCUUAUGCAGCACCAGAGCUGAUCCAGGGCAAAGCAUACAUUGGCUCAGAGGCAGAUAUUUGGAGUAUGGGAGUACUGCUGUAUGCUCUGCUGUGUGGCUUUCUCCCCUUUGAUGAUGAUAAUGUCAUGGCUGUCUACAGGAAGAUCAUGAGAGGAAAAUACAGUACUCCAAACUGGCUCUCUCCUAGCAGUACACUGCUCCUUGACCAAAUGCUGCAGGUCAACCCAAAGAAGCGGAUUACAGUCCAACAUCUAUUAAGUCACCCUUGGCUCAUGCAAGGCUUUUCUGAUACUGUUCAGUGGCAAAGUAAAUACCCACUGGGAGAUCUUGAUGAGGACUGUGUAACAGAGCUUUCUGUCUUUCAUGAGCAGAGCAGGGAGACUAUAUUGCAAUUAAUAAAAGAGUGGAAAUAUGACCACAUGUCAGCAACAUACCUCUUACUUCUAUCCAAGAAGACUCGUGGCAAGCGUGUUCGUUUAAGGUUUCCAUGUCGAACAGAGCAUGCCAGUACCGUGAUGUCGACAGUCCUUGAGCAUUCAAGGCCUGAUGCCCAACUGGAGGAUACGGAAUUCACACUGUCAACUCCAGUGAACAGAAAAGUGGCAUCAAAGAAGCAUAAAAACAAAGAGAAUGUUGAGACAGUGUCAGCUUUAAGAAAUGAAACGCCCUUUGCGCUUCCUGCUCCUAAGACUCCUCUUGCAAAGAGUCAGAUUGAGACACAGGUACAAGCCGUUCCCCUUCAGGCACCUGCUUUCAAAGAGAGCCAGUUCACUGCAGUCACUCCAAUUAGGAAACCUGCCAACCCAACAAAUGCAGAUGAAUUGUCAGCAGCUGAGAUUCUUCCUGAAGGAAGGUGUCAGUCAGUGGAAUUAGAUCUCAACCUUGCAGAUGUGGAUAGCAGCCAAAAGAAGAGAAAAGCCAAAAUAUUUGGAAGUCUUGAAAGAGGCCUAGAUAAAGUGAUCACAAUGCUUACACCAAGCAAGAAGAAACGAUGCACUAGAGACUGUCCAAGGAAACUUAAGGCACACUGUAACAUUACUACCACUCAUCUGCUGAAUCCAGAUGAACUGUUGAAUGAAAUAAUCAUUGUUCUUUCAAAGAAGCAUGUGGAAUAUGUUCAGAAGGGUUAUACCCUGAAAUGUCAAACACGGUCAGAUUUUGGCAAAGUAACUAUGGAGUUUGAGUUAGAAGUAUGUCAGCUCACUAAGCCUGAAGCAGUGGGUAUCCGACGACAACGGCUUAAAGGUGAUGCCUGGGUCUACAAGAGGCUGAUAGAAGACAUCUUAUCUAGCUGCCAAGUGUGAGUGGCAGAGUCUUUUAUCACGAUGUUUUAGAAAGGUCUUUUCAGACAAGUAAUUCUUUAUCACCGUCACAGCUAUAUGUGAAAAAUCUGUCAUCUUGGGUUUUUAACCUCUCCUUGUACAUAUUCCUUCUGUAUGCUUCCUUUAAUAUUAGGUUUUAAUAAAUAUUCUGCAACUGCAACUUUUCUGAAACAAAAUUCUGUAAGCCAUUCCCUUGCUUAUGUACUUUUAACAUAUCCGGGUUUAAAAAGUGGUGGUUUUAUGUGCUGAAGCUUAUUGUGGGAUGUCUUCAGUUAUCAAGUGCAUGGUGCACAGUAAUAGUCAUUUGCAUAAUUCUCUUCCUGUCUCUGCUUAAGUAGGAUUUAUUGAGAUCAUUAACUAAGUCACAGCUGUGGUUCCUAGAGUUCCACUAUAUGCUCAGUGUUGUACAAAAUAGGCUGGGCUUCAGUAAAUGUGAAGUCAAGAGUGCUAGGAUUUAAACUGAUCCCUUAUAAAGCAUUGUGCUAUCAUGUUAUGAAGCCUCAGUGAUGCUUAACAAGCCUGUGCGCUUUCUCAUGCUCUUGUGUUAACAUGAUGAUAGGAGGAUCUCUGAAGAACACCACCACCUUUGAACUGUUCUGAAUAGAGAAGGCAUUUGUCAGUCAACUGUCUACAAGGAAUUCAGUGACGCCUUUAAGAUAACUUAAGCACCAGAAAUAAAACUAGAAAUACUCAGAACAAAGCAAGAACAUCUAAGAGUUGGUUGGGGGGUUGCUAUCAUAUCUUAAAAACAGAUGCGUAUCUCCUUAUGCUUGUGCCAGGUGUUAUGUGGAGUGUUUAAUUCUGCCUUUAGUUCUGCUACAUCAGAAACCACACCAGGCCAAUCCCAAGCAGCA